GGCGAUGCGGGGCCGCGCCGCCUGGAGCGUUAGGGCCGCCCGCGCGCGCCCCCUCGCGGCCGCGGCGCCCCUGCAGGCGGGGCAGUUGCGAGCCCAGCGGUUUCCAGACCCGCCGGGCGGAGGGUCUGGGCCCAGCAGGUUCCGAGUCCUGCGGGGCGGCCCGGCCCGUCCCCCAGCCCGGCGUCCGCCUCCCGCAGCGCCCCGGGGCCCGAGCUGAACCCCGCUUUCCUCCCGGAGUGGAAACCCGACCUUGUCCCCGAUGGAACCCUCGAGCGGCCGGGACCCCUGCGGGACUCCCGCGGCCGCGGCCGUGAGCCCGGUGGUGGUGGUCCACGGCGGCGGCGCCUGCCACAUCGCCAAGGACCGCAAGGAGAUGGUGCGGCAGGGCGUGCUGCGCGCCGCCUCCGCCGGCUUCUGCGCCCUCAAGGCGGGCGGCAGCGCGGUGGACGCGGUGGAGUGCGCCGUCAGCGUCCUGGAGGACGACCCCGAGUUCAACGCAGGUUAUGGAUCCGUCUUGAACGCAAACGGGGACGUGGAAAUGGACGCCAGCAUCAUGAGCGGGAAAGACCUGUCUUCGGGCGCCGUGUCUGCCAUCCGCUGUAUCGCGAACCCCAUCAAGCUGGCGCGGCUAGUGAUGGAGAAGACGCCUCACUGCUUCCUGACGGACCGGGGUGCCGCGGAGUUUGCCACCGCCAUGGGGGUCCGCACGGUGACCCGGGAGCAGCUGGUGACGGAGAAGAACAGAAAGCGCCUGGAGAAGGAGAAGCGCGGGAAAGAGGGGAAAGACGCUCAGAAACUAGAGUCACAGAAACACUUGGGCACCGUGGGCGCCGUGGCCUUGGACUCCAAAGGAGACGUGGCCUAUGCCACCUCGACGGGGGGCAUCGUGAACAAGAUGGUCGGCCGAGUGGGGGACACGCCCUGCAUCGGAUGCGGGGGCUACGCUGACAACGACAUCGGGGCCAUCUCAACCACGGGCCACGGGGAGAGCAUCCUGAAGGUGAACCUGGCCAGACUCACCCUCUUCCACGUGGAGCAAGGAAAGACCUUGGAGGAGGCUGCUGAGGUGUCACUAAAUUACAUGAAGUCAAAGGUCAAAGGACUAGGGGGCGUCAUCUUGGUCAACAAAGCGGGACAGUGGGCGGUCAAGUGGACCUCGGAGUCCAUGCCCUGGGCGGCCGCCCAGGCCGGCAAGCUGCACUGCGGCAUCGACCUCAACACGACCACCGUCACCGACAUGCUCUGAGCCCGCUUCCCUGUCCCCCCCGCCCGCCCCCAAGACUGUAUUCCAGGUGCCAGCCUGCAGGUAGAGUACAUUUCCGGGCGUGGAGUCUUAGCUUAAGCAAUUAGAGCUAAACAUGGAAAACCUCUGCCGUCUGUCACUCGUCUGUCGCCUCGAUCAGUAAGCAUGUGGAUGUCUGGUGAGGGCGGUUCCCGAGGGAUGAGAGUGACGCCCACCGUGACAUCCACGUGAGACGGCGAAGACGCCAGCCCCCCGGCCCCCCGGCCCCC